AUGGAUCCGAAGAGCUUUCAUCAGCAUGGGGAAAACGUGGAGUUGUCGGAGGCUGAGGAUAAUGCUUUCUACGCAGAGCUCACAAGGCAGAUAUUACUGAUUAUGGACGACGACGAUGAAACGCAUGCAAGGAUAAACAGAAAGGGAGAGUUACCGGAGCUUCAAGGGAGAGUAGUGGUUACGUCGGGUAACUACUUUAGUUGGUGGGAAGGUGGGAGGAGUAUGGAGGUGCCUGGUUGGAUGGAGAGGUUGUGGGCAAGUAAUGCGGCAGGGACAGGGGUGUUUAUACCUCGUGUGGUAGCCGGUGGCAAGUCUAGAAGAAGACGACAUAAUAAACCAAGGAACGAUGGAGGAAGAAUACAUUCUUAUGCCCGACAAGCGACUCAUGUUUGA